UUCUUUGUUCUAGUUAAUAUCACACUUACCAAAAUUCGUAUUAAAGUAUAAUCAUGUAGAAUGCUUUACUGAAUAAUUUUUAAAGAUUGACGUCGAAGAUUAUUUAUUACUUUAUGAGUGAAUUAAAAACAACGCCAUGAUAUUUGGAACUAUAUUUUAUCAGAUUAGAUUUGACUGAUGAGUAACAUGGUCCUAAGCUAAGCUUGAGGUCUAGCAAACCACAACUGAGCCACCCGUUGAGAGUAAUUCAGGUCUGUGCGGCGGAAGAGUUUUGGUUGAUGGUGGUAGGCCUAGGGUAAAGACACCAUUCUUUUAGUCUUUUUAAGACGAUUUUUUUUUAGUUUCGUACACCGUAUGGAUAGAAAUGAUUGAAGCAGAGGAAGACUUUUCGCCUCCACCUGAGGCACCAGUUUUUGAACCAACGGAGGAAGAAUUUGUCGAUCCGCUCGGUUAUAUCGCGAAGAUUCGGCCUAUUGCAUUGAAGACGGGAAUUUGUAAAAUCCGUCCUCCCUCGAAUUGGCAACCUCCGUUUGCUGUUGAUGUUGACUCGUUCAAGUUUACUCCGCGAAUCCAGAGACUUAAUGAACUAGAGGCCAAAACAAGAGUGAAACUCAACUACCUUGAUACAAUUGCCAAGUUUUGGGAACUGCAGGGUUGUCGAUUGCGUAUCCCAAAUGUUGGCGGCAAGUCUGUGGAUCUUUAUAACCUACACAAGGUUGUUGAAGAGGAAGGUGGGUUUGAACUAUGUCGAAAGGAGCGGAAAUGGAACAAAGUUGCAUCUCGGCUUGGUUAUGUCACUGGAAAGCAAUUUGGAUCGCAACUCAUGAAACACUACGAGAAGAUGAUUUGGCCUCAUGACAUCUUUGUAACAGGUGGGAGCAUGCCCAAUACACAAGAUUUACAUAUAGAAGAUGCAGACGUGAAAGACGCCAAAGAGUAUGUGUCACAUGGGAUUUCCUCCAGGGCUCCGGUCAAGUCAAACGGUUACAGUCGUCGUUAUAAGAGAGCAGCUCCUGAGGGGUCGGACCCAUCUACAAUUGACAUUACCACUAAUCCAGAAUUGAAGAAACUGCAACUAUAUGGAGCAGGACCAAAAUUUGAAGGUCUUGGUUUGAUUUUAAAAGGUGAAAAGCAUCCAGAAGAGGAAAUAAAAACAGAACGUAAGCCGGAAAAGGAGGUAAAGAAAGAUUCAGGUCAUCGCGUAAAACAAGACACAAAAUCUCCAAGGAAAGACAGCAAGGAGACUGUGACAAAAGGGUUGCGUGCAAGGACUGGUGCUCUUAGUACAAGUUUUAUCGAGCAACUGGUCUGUCACAUUUGUGCCAAAGGAGACAAAGAGGAUUGUUUACUUUUGUGCGAGGGAUGUGACGAUAGUUUCCAUACAUUCUGCCUUAUGCCACCUCUUGCAGAGGUGCCCAAGGGGGACUGGCGAUGUCCUAGGUGUGUUUUGGAAGAGGUGAAUAAGCCCAUAAACCCAUUUGGCUUUGAGCAGGCAGCUAGACCUUACACUCUACAGUCGUUUGGUGAGAUGGCUGACCAGUUUAAAACAGAUUACUUCAAUAUGCCAGUGCAUAUGGUACCACCUGAAAUGGUUGAGAAGGAGUUCUGGCGACUUGUGACAUCCAUAGACGAAGAUGUGACAGUGAUGUAUGGAGCUGAUAUCCAUUCUUUGGAUCACGGAAGUGGUUUUCCAACCAGGGACAACGAGAAUGUCAGCCCAGAGGAUGAGGACUAUAUUAGUGCUGGAUGGAACCUCAACAAUCUUCCAGUUCUUGAUGCGUCAGUGUUGUGUCACAUCAGCUCUGAUAUCUCAGGCAUGAAGGUUCCCUGGUUGUAUGUUGGCAUGUGCUUCUCAUCGUUCUGUUGGCAUACAGAAGACCACUGGAGUUAUUCUAUCAAUUAUCUUCAUUGGGGAGAACCAAAAACCUGGUAUGGCGUUCCUGCUUCGUCUGCUGAAGAUUUUGAGAAGGUGAUGAAGAAAAAUGCUCCCGAACUGUUUGAAUCUCAACCAGAUCUUCUGCACCAGUUGGUUACCAUCAUCUCGCCCACCAUCCUUCGCAAAAAUAACGUACCUGUGUUCCGUACAAACCAGUGUGCAGGGGAGUUUGUUGUUACAUUCCCACGAUCCUACCACAGUGGGUUCAACCAAGGUUACAACUUUGCUGAAGCUGUCAAUUUCUGUCCAUCUGAUUGGCUACCCAUUGGUCGUCUGUGUAUUGAGAACUAUCGUACCUUGCAUCGUUUUUGUGUGUUCUCACAUGAGGAAUUAGUCUGCAAGAUGGCAGCAGAUCCAGAGAGUCUUGAUCUUAACAUGGCAGCAGCUGUCCAUAAAGAGAUGCUCUCGAUGGUGGACAAGGAAAAGAAGCUGCGCAAGAAGUUACUUGAGCGUGGAACUAUUGAAGCUGAACGUGAAGCGUUUGAACUUCUACCAGAUGAUGAGCGUCAGUGUGAAUUCUGCAAGACCACCUGUUUCCUGUCUGCUGUCACAUGUCAUUGUUCGACCAAUAAGCUUGUUUGCAUUCAUGAUGUGGAUAUGCUUUGCAGGUGUCACCCUUCAAAGCAUUGUUUAAGGUAUCGUUAUACUCUUGAUGAACUACCGGGAAUGCUGCAUAGGCUGAAGAUGAGAGCGGAAUCAUUUGAUAAUUGGGCUAACAAAGUGAAAAGCGCCCUCAAUGCAACCAAAGACUGUAAAUUAGAAAUAUCUGGACUACAAGAGAUGGUUUCAGAAGCAGAUGAGAAGAAAUUUCCUGACAAUGAUCUCCUGCAACAGCUGAUGACUGCCAUCUCGGAUGCAGAGAAAUGUGCAACAGUCGCUACUCAACUUGUCAGCAAGAAGCACCGCACAAGAAACAGAAACUCAGGCGAAUGCAAGUACAAUGCACGUCUCACAUUGGAGGAACUUCAGUGCUUUACGGAGCAAGUUAGUAAUCUACCAUGUGAAAUCAAAGAGGCUGAAAUAAUCCAGAAUCUGCUGGAGAAAGUGGAGACGUUCCAAGCUGACGCUCAAGAUGCUCUUGCCGAUGCUGCUCCAGACUCGGAAAAACUAAAGAAGUUGCUGGAAAUCGGUGUUGAUCUUGAUGUUGAAUUACCCGAGAUGCCAAAACUGAAACUGGGGCUGCAACAAGCGCGAUGGCUGGAUGAGGUCAGGAGCAGUUUGUCUGUCCCUGAUAAUAUAACUCUAGAUGCACUACGUAUGCUAAUAGACUCUGGGGUUUGCCUAGCACCACACCCAGCCAUUGAGAAAGCAAUGGCCGAGCUGCAGGAGCUUUUAACAGUCAGUGAGAGGUGGGAGGAGAAAGCUAAAAUAUGUCUACAAGCAAAGCCCCGUCAUGCGGUUGCUACCAUAGAGGCAAUAAUCAACGAAGCCAAGCACAUUCCAGCUUAUCUGCCCAACAUCCUUGCUUUAAAAGAAGCCAUGAGGAAAGCUAAAGAGUGGUCUAGAAAAGUUGAAGAGGUUCAGAAUGGGGAGCAUUUUCCAUAUGUGGAUGUUUUGGAGAGCAUGGUGAUGAAAGGUCGUCCGAUCCCGGUGCGCCUGGAACAGAUGCCGCAAGUAGAAUCCCAAGUCUCUUCAGCGAGGUCGUGGAAAGAACGAACUUCGAGAACAUUCUUGAAAAAGAACUCGCCAUUUGGUCUGUUGGAGGUUCUUCUGCCGAGGACUGACAUUGGUAACCUACAGUCAAACAAGAGCCGCAAGAAAAAGCUGAAGGAGAUGGAAAAGCAGAGGGAGACAGAGAGAGAUUCCAUUGUAGAAGGGAAAUCUAAAGAAAGUCGAGAUCCUGCAGUAUUUGUAGCACAGUUUAAAGAGGAGGAGGCUAAGGAGCUAGAUGCAAUGAGAAACCUAAGAGAUAAGAACCUUCGAAAACAACAACUUGAAGAGGAGAAUAAAGAACAAGGAAAAUAUUGCAUCUGCAGGAAGGGUGUUUCUGGCUUUAUGCUGCAGUGUGAGCUCUGUAAAGACUGGUUCCAUAGCACAUGUGUUCCAUUACCUAAGAACAACAAUAACAAAACCAAGGUCACAACUUCAGGCUCAUCAAAUCAGCUCUCAACAAGGGAUGUGAAGUUCCUUUGUCCUCUUUGCCAUAGAUCUCGCAGACCUAGGCUUGAGAUGAUAUUGUCUCUGCUGGUAUCGCUACAAAAACUUCCAGUAAGGAUGCCAGAUGGUGAAGCUCUGCAGUGUUUGACAGAAAGAGCAAUGAGUUGGCAGGACAGAGCUCGACAGGCUUUGGCAACCGACGAACUUGCCUCAGCGCUGUCGAAGCUGUCAGUUCACAAACAAAAAAUAGAAGAGCAAGUAGCAAGAGAAAAGACUGAGAGAAUUAUUUCGGCUGAAAUUCAAAAAGCUUCAAACAACCCAGAACUUCAUGAGCAUAUGCAGAACAUGAAGCAAAAUGCAUUCAACCUUGGUGACACCAGUAACAUUCACAAGACGUCAAUCCUCCAUGGUAUGCCACCUGUGCCAACUAAGCCAGAUGCAGCCGAUAAUGACACUAAUGAAGGAGAUAUUGUAUUGACAACGUUGAAUGAGAGUUCCUCAGAUGAUCCAUCAAAUUCUGGUAGUGUUCAAGUGUCAGAGCACACGUAUAGUGCUGCAUCAAAAAAUACCUCACAGCCAGUAUCCCAGAAGAAGCAUCCACGUAAAUCACCUCAUGUGCAAAGGCCAUCAGACACACCAUUCCUUGAGCUGUCGGAGAUGACUAAGGCACGUCUGGAAGAACUCAAAAUGGAAGGUGACCUGCUAGAGGUGUCUCUUGAUGAAACACAGCAUAUCUUGAGGAUUCUUCAGGCAAGCCAACAAACACGUGAAGAACGCUUCAUUGAGAAUUUUGUGGAGCAAAUUCCUGACGACUUCUUUGACAGACAACCUAAAAUUAAGCAGGAAUUUGGUAAGGAGAAAAAGAAACUAAAAAAGAGAAAGAAGGAAGGAGAAGAAGUCAGUGACGAUGAACAUGAAAAUAUUAAACCAGAGAAAAAGAAGAAAAAGAAGAACAAGGACAAAGACAAAGAAAAGAAAAAGGAAGAAAUAAAAGAGAAAGAUGGAUUAAAGAGGGAAAUUAAAGAUGGAAAGGAAAAGAAGAAAAAGAUAAAGAAGAAAAACAAAGACAAAGAUGGUAUGAAAAUAAAAAGUCGUAAUGACCGGGAGAAAGAUCAGAUAGUUGUUGUUGAUGGAGAUGAUGAUGAAGACGAGAUCUGUUCAGCCAAAUACUGUAUACGCCCUCUAGGAGAUGACAUCAACUGGAUUCAGUGCGACAAGUGUGAAUUAUGGUACCAUCUACUCUGCAUAGGAAUGAAAGAAGAGCCCCCAGAAAAUGAGGAAUAUGCCUGUGUUAAGUGCGUUAAAAGACAAAGCAGGAGUUUCCGUAAAAGCAUCAGUGUCUCCUCAUCAACCUCACCUAGAGCUCCUUCUCCAGUCACCUCAAUCAAGGUCGAUAAGGAUAGUGACGACGAUGACGAUUGCGAUGACUAUGCUUCUGGCACCAAGUCCGAUGAAGAUGCAGCCAGUGUGAAAAUUGAAGCAGACAUACUGGGAAUGCCCGCUGAAGUUGAUGAGUUUGUGUCUGUUGUUUCAACGCCUGUAGAAAAUUCGCCACAGGCAGAGAUGGAAGUUGAGGAACCAUUGGAAGUUGAAAAUCCAAUGGAAGUGGAUGAUGCAGACUCAAGUUCCUCAGAUGAGAAUGAUAGUGAUGAAGAGAUAAAAGAUACCGACAUGUUAGAGGACAUACCAAAGGAAAAUGACAUUGAGAUAGGUAAUAAUGGGGAAAACUAUAACAAAGAUAGUGAUGAUGUGGAAAAUUUAGAAAACAAGGAAAAUCAGGAAAUUGUAGGCAAUACAUUACAAACAGAAAGCAUGUCUGAUUUGUUGCCUGUGCAAGAAACGGAACAAGUUGGACGUGAAACACAAAGCGAGGAACCAGUACAAAUAGGGGAUGCAAUAUCAACAUCAACAAAUAAAACCUUAGAAUGUGAAGAGAACCAACAGUAUAAUAAUCAGGUUAAAUAUAAUGAGGAUGAAGUUAAAAUUAGUGUAGGUUUUGAAAUAGACUUGAAAACUCCGCAGGUAGAACCAGAAGCAGAGAUUAUUGAUUCUCCUGCGGUAGCAAUACUGGAAGAUGACAGAAAGACUGUGGAAAAUACUGUUGAUAUUUCAGAGGGAGAAACAGAGGAGAAAGUUGGAGAAACAGAAGAGAAAGUUGUUGAAACAGAGGAGAAAGUUGUUGAAAUAUCGGAACUAGAAACAGUGAAGCAAAUGGCAGAGGAUGAGUCAAGUGGUGAUGUUGACAGCAGGGAAAAUGAACAUUGUAUUGGUGAAUCAAAUACGCAAGUGGAGAAUACAACAGAGGCUAUUACUAGUUCGGAAAUAGUGAAAGUUUAUACCGAAGAAGAGAACAUUCUUGAUAUUAAAAACAGUUUAAAUAUACAAAAUGAAAACAAUUCUAGAAUUGAGAUGGAAGUAAGUAGUUCAACAACUGUUAAAGAUGUACAACAAACAACUAUCGCAUCUCUUACAUGAGCCUGUAAGAUGUCUAAAUGAUAGGAAUAUGUAAUUUAAAAUAUAAGAUUAUUACAAUGUUAGGUUUGUUGAAACUCCUGUAAAAUGUACACUAUAUCUAUAAGCAGUAAAGAAAUUAAUUGUAAAGAAAAUUUUUGCUUUUUGGGGGAGAAACAUACUUGGUUUUUGAUUGACAGCAGGCCUAUUUAUCUGCAUGUUGCUAAAACGAUUGACAAAUAGGAUCAUAACGAGAGGAAAGAAAUUGUGUUAGAAAUGCAAAUUAAGUACUAUGUUAAGUUGACACUGAUUUAGCUACUAUAUAUUGCUCAUGAUCUUUGUAUUUAUUUAACAAAAACAAAUAUGAUUUUGGUUUAGGCAUUGGGUUUGAGGUGAAAUUAUAUAAAGUUUAGAAUGGAUUAUGGAAUGCAUCCAGUAAAGUUAACAUGAUCUGUAUGUGAAGCAAUUCCCUUUUCUCUGACACCUAGUGCGUGCCAUAGUGAUAUUAAAAUGAGUGGGAUUCUUGUUAAACUUAACACAACCAAAAUUUAUAGGAGUACAAAUUCUGUUUACUUAAUAAUAUUUGAUUUUAUAUCAGGAGAAAUCACCCCUUUUAUGUUGUAAUUUUUUUUUAUUGAUUUUUGAGAAAUUUUUUUUUUCCUAUGAAUGUGCCAGUACGCCUAAACAUCUCUUGUUUGUAAAUAUAAAAACAAAAACAAAACAGUUUUUAGUUAAGUUGUUGCACUGUUUGAAAGAUUAUAUCUUUGUUUCUUACCUUGAAUUAGAGUACUUGAUUAAUUACUAAUCUGUUGUAGGGUGUUUCAAAAACUUUUUUAAUGUAUAGGCAUGGUAUUCCUCCAACUCAAAUCUGAUUUUUUGAAAACACUGUCAACAUUAACAAAUAUUUUUUGAAAAUGUGAUUACUACUUCAGGUAUUGUAAAACAUUGGCUAUUAAGUAAUACGUUAAGUUCAAAGUUCCACUAAGACCCACCUUUUUCCAAGCCCAUUUCAUUUGUUGCUAAGUUACAUAAUCGCACAAAUGUGUGUUUUCUAUGACAUUUACAUAUUACUCCUGAUCUUAUCUACUAAAUAACACAUUCUGAUUGGUCAGUUUUAUUGACACUCAGUAGGUCCAUUGCAAUGGCUCUUCAUAUGGAGUACUCUUCAUUAUCUGAUUUUUGUUGGAAUGUCAUGUUUGAUAUACAGUUCAUUACUAUUCAUUAGCUGAAGUCAAGACAAACACAAAUCUUAAUCAGCAUCUUCAUUAGAUAACUUUGAAUUGUUAAUUAAUUCCAUCUUAUUUCUUGUUACAUUGUGUUUAUAAUGUUAAUUCAUUAUCCUCUUGUGACUGAAACCCAGACAAAUGAUAUUUGUAUAUCAAGUUUUGUUAAGAAUGUAAUUAUGUUGCUUCAGUACGUCCAUUUAUUUUGCUUAAUAUUAAUUUUGCUGAAGGAUAAUUAAUUAACCUGUUAAUUAAGAUUAAGCAAUAGAAAUUGUAUAAUUAUUGUUUCACAUUUUGUGUUUUUUUCGAAACCCAUGUCAUGGAAUAGAAAUUGUAGACCAUGUACAAGAUGAAAUAUAAGGUUAUUCUAGUGAAGUCACAA